AGUGUGUGUUAGAGAUCCAUAAAUUGUACGUGUUUCCGUUUCUAAACUAAAUAAAUGAACUUGGAAAUGAUAUUCUAAAUUACUAAGACGCAGCUGUAAAACACAACAGCCAGACAGACCUGGGAUCCGCGUCAGGUUGCAGUUUCUGUUUUAAAAGUGGAAACUGGGAGCAGACCCACGCUCUUUCCAAGUUAAUUAAAACGCCCCCCUGAUUGGACGGACAGAUAAUCCCGGCGGGCCGCCUGCUCGUACUAACUUGUGAGCGGGACGGAGUGCCAGUCACAAUCUGCUAGAGGCGAGGGAGGGCAAGAAAGACCACUGCAGCUACAAAGGCGAGAGGAGCGCAGUUAGGGAAGUGUUGUUAAACGUGGGCUAUGCGCGCAACAAGGGGGGAGCGCAGUGCACAGAGGAGGUGAACGCAUGUACAGGCUCAGCUUCACACUCACAGCCUCCUUCCUGAAGAGACACAGCGCUGAGAGGGGAAAGGAGUGAGGAAAAACUCAGAGUACAACACAGCAACUCUUGGACGAAAGUGCGCCACAGCCGUCAGGAGAGAAGUUUGGAUAAAGCGGUCCAAGGAAGACUUUUUCCUGGUCAGAACCUGCUCUGGAAGAGAGAGAGAGAGGGAGAGAGAAAGAAAAUGAAUGUCAGCGAUGAGAAUCUGCUCAAAUCGAUCAGCAACGACGCGCUUCUCGACCUGACGCAGCGCUACGGGCAGUCAGCCUUCGGGUUUGGCGCUGGCCACGGUGCUGGAAGUCCCGGCAGAUACCCGCUCACACCGGCCGCCGACUUCCUCUCCGGACAGACUGGGAAGUCCAACGAGAGCGGCGGGGAGCACACGAGCGACGACGAGGACGGCUUUGACUCACUGGAGUCCCGGAAGAGGGGCUCCUCGUUUGGGGACGACAAGCCCGGCGGGCCCCUGGCCAAAAAGUCCAAAGAGCAGCGGUCCCUGCGGCUCAGUAUCAACGCCCGGGAGAGGAGGAGGAUGCACGACCUGAACGACGCGCUGGACGGCCUGCGCGCCGUCAUCCCGUACGCCCACAGCCCCUCGGUGAGAAAACUCUCCAAAAUAGCCACUCUCCUCUUGGCCAAGAACUACAUCCUCAUGCAGGCUCAGGCUCUGGAGGAGAUGAGGCGGCUGGUGGCGUAUCUGAACCAGGGACAGACUAUAACCUCACCGAUCCCCACCGCCCUGGCGCCCUUUGGACAGGCAGCCGUCUACCCCUUCUCGGGCUCCGCACUCGCCACCUGUGCCGAAAAGUGCACCACUUACUCCGGGGCACCGUCGACUCUCUUCAAACACUGUAACGACAAGCCUUGAUUUGAUUUACGCUCUUUUUCCUGAACUUGAACCUGUACUGCGCCCAUGUCAGUCUCUGUCCCACUCUAGUUAAUUUAACACAUAAUUCUGUGGAAAUUAAAACGGUUUUAGUCUAAUGCGUAAUGGUAAGAUAUGGUUAAGUAAUCAUACUUCAAAAAUGCUCUGUAGAAAUUAAAUUGUUCGGGCCUUCCUGUCACUGUGGCUUGCAUGUCUCACAUCAACUACAGGCCAUAUUCAAAAUAUGAACUUAAAUUCUGCGAAGCUUCUGUUAUCAUUUGCAAUCUAUGCAACAUUCAGUAAUUACAAGAAAAAAUAAAUGCGACCAUUUUCAACCUUUAGAUCUGAUCCUAAUUAACUAUAUGAAAACAAUCUGAUGUUAUAUUUUCUGAUACAGUGUGUUUGUUUUUAUUUCAACUUAUUGCACAUCUCACAUGAUUGUAUUGUACAACUUUGAAUAAUCUUCAAAGCCCGGUUAUAAUAAUAAUAAUAAUAAUGAUAAUAAUGGUUAUAUAACUGCAGCCUAUAAACCGAAGAAGUAUUCUGGUUGUGUUACAACAUGGAUUUCAUAUAUUGUUUAUAGUAUGUCUUUAUAAUUAAAACAUAUCUAUGCUCGGGG